CCUGCCCUGGAGAAGGAUUUAGGUUUGGAGUCUGUUAACGGGUAAUGGUUUAAGAUCAUGGCUGAGCAAAGGCAACGGGCCCUGUCCACAUCAGGAGAGGCUCUGUACCAGGUUCUUGGCCUUGACAAGAACUGUACCCAUGAUGACAUCAAGAGAUCCUACAGGAAGCUCGCUUUGAAAUAUCAUCCUGACAAGAACCCCGAGAACCCCGACGCCACUGACAAAUUUAAAGAGCUCAACAAUGCCCAUGCGGUGCUGUCUGACGUCACUAAGAGGAACAUUUAUGACAAGUAUGGCUCUCUGGGUCUGUAUGUGUCGCAGCAGUUCGGGGAGGAGAACGUGAACACGUACUUCAUGCUCUCCAGCUGGUGGGCAAAGGGUCUGUUUGCCAUCUGCGGCUUGCUGACAGGUUGCUAUUUCUGCUGUUGUCUGUGCUGCUGUUUCAACUGCUGUUGUGGAAAGUGCAAACCACACACACCUGGAGAAGAGGACACUGAGUGCUAUGUGUCUCCUGAAGACCUGGAGGAGCAGAUCCGUACGGACAACGAGAGAGAUGGUGACACUCCGAUUGUGCUGCAGCCAACCAACGCUAGUGAGAAGACCCAGCUGAUCGGGGAUGGACACAGAACAUACACCUAAAUGCAAACGAGUUAUUGAUAGUUACUAAUUUGAAAAUUCUUUUUGAAAAUAUUGAUGUAUUUUACAAUAUACUGCUUAUUUUAGGACAGAGAAAGUAAAAAUACUCACCCUCUUAAGCUGUGUUUAGUCAUGCUGUCUGUAAAUAACAGAUAUUAUAUUAUUCUUAUGCUUAAUGUGCAAUUAAAACAGAAAAUGUGAUUAAUUUUUUUUGAAUUGUUCUCCUUUAAAUUAUAAAUGUAUGUCUUACAGGUUUUAAAAUAAGAAUUCAGAUAUUUCCGUA